UCUGUUCCGUCACUAUGGCUGCAGGAGACGCGAGACGGUGAGAGCUAACUGCAGCAAACCCUAAUCGGGCGAAAAAACCUAUAAAACCUAUUAGCUAACGUUCAGUGAUUCAAUAACAGGCAGCCAGACGUGUGUUGGUUAUAUGUUUGAGUCCGUUAUAUUUUGCUUUAGUCUUUAAGGAAGAGGAUUAACUGGAGCGAAUGUACAUCAAACGCUUUAUCCAUGUUUGGUUAAUGAUAGCUGGUUAAGUUAAUCAUUUCUGUGAUUAAAUGGUACAUUUGUCUUGACAUGCAUCUGAAAUAUGUUUAAUGCAAUGCAAUGGUGGUACUUAUUAAGUAUAACGCCUAUUACGCAAAGCAACCGAUAUCGAUCGUUUAUUGCUUAGAAGUGAUUUUCAUGUCCUGAUUUGUCUUUAAUAAAUAACAUUCCCAGUUUAACACAGUGAACACACGGUGGUUCUCAUUGCAUCGAAAUGGCUAAAAUGUAUCACAAAGAGAAAAGUAUUCAGAUCAAGAGCAGCGCGUCUGCGCUGUACAACAACCUGAGCGUCCUGCGCAUCGCGCCGCGCUGCCUCACAUAUUUCACCGUGGUCCAUGCCAACGUCGUGAACAUGGUCAGCGCUUCCUGGGAUAGCCUGAACUAUUCCCAUCGACAGCUGCAGUCUAAGGAGGGAAGCGUGGCCACCAGCUCCUCACUUAUUAUGCAGGCAGCCUGGUGUGUACUGCCCUCCAGAGAUUUGCUUGUCCUCACUUCCCAGAAAGGAAUCCAGAUGUACGAGUCUGAUGGAUCUAUUAUGGUGUAUUGGCACGCACUGGACACACCAGAGACCCCAACAGCUAAGGCAGUGUUUGCACGAGGAAUUGCAGCAGUCUGGGAAAAAUACAUUUGUGUUGGAGUCUCAUCUGGCUCGGUGCUUGUUUUUGAUGUUCCCAGUAAAGGCAGUAACAUCACUCUGUCUGAGGUUCUGGAGGAACACAAAGAGGCCAUCACAGAUAUGGCCUCUGAGUGUUCAGGCAGUCUGGAGUGCAUUGCUGAUUUAGUCAGUGCUGAUGACUCAGGGCUACUCUGCAUGUGGAAAUCGGGAGAGGAUUUUCAACUCCUCAACAAGAUCCCUGGUUUUGAUACGAGUUGCUCCUCAGUAAAGCUGUGGAAGGGGACAGUUAUUGCAGGCUAUGGGACAGGACAGAUCCGUCUGUAUGAAGGGGUCACGGGUGUACUGCAUGCAGAAGUCAAUGCCCAUGCUCGCUGGAUAUACUCUUUGGACAUUGCCCCUUUCACUGGCCUGCUGCUUUCUGCAGCAGAAGACUCUUGGGUUAGAGUGUGGCAUCUGACCUUGACCCCAGAGACUAACAGCGUAGAGAUAGAGCACAUGUACAAUGAGUGCAUAACUGAUACUCAGAUGUGUGGAGCCAAGUUCUGUGAUGGAGACGGCUAUGCUUUCGCAGUGACUGGUUAUGACUUGAGUGAGAUUAUUCGCUACACGCAGGCGUAGAUGGUAUAUAACAUUCACUCUACCAGUUGACAUUUCGUGUGAGGAUCACCUGCAGCUGUUACUAUAGUCUCCUAUGACAUGUUCCAUGGGAAUUCUGUUAUGUCUGGACAGUAUAUUUGUAUUCUAUCAUUAAUGUGCAGGUAUGAUUGGCGGGUUCAGUCUUGAUAUCAUGAAUGUUUUCUAAAUAUAGUAGGUGAAGGCAGUGACUGAAACGGGCUAAAAAGCAGCACUUGAACGGCAGGUGGCAGUGUUGUUGAUGGUUUGUACUGCCAGUUGUGAAGUACAAAUUACACUUUUAGUGCUGUCAUACUGUAUGUAUGAUUCCCUCCUAUUCUGGGUGCAGAGAAUCAUAGAAAUAAAUGUUCAAAUGUUUUGUUAACUAUUUGUGUCAUUUCAGUCACAUUUACAGUAAACAAUAUUUGUUAGUAAACUUAAAUAAAUUGAAGUAAACUUAUUUAUCACAGUAAGGAUAUUUACACUUACCUCAGUUAGACAAAAUGAGUGUGUAAAAUAUUUAUUAAUAUUUUAGAAAUUAAAUUCUGCAGAUGCUGUUUUCCUGAAUGAAAUUGUAAAAUGUGUUAUUGCCUUAGAAGUUAAUGCAUUGUAGCUAUCUAUUUCAGUGUGACGUUAAAGCCAAUAUUUUCUUAUUUUCCAUGUCAUUGUAAAACUAUAUCAGUGAAAAUCCAAAAAUUGUGUAGGUUUUGUAUUUGUAAAUAUGUACCAGUAGAUGGCAGUUAAAUUUAUCUUUGCAUAUGUAACCAGUGUGAAUGAUUGAUUGACUUAUUUAGAUUUGUUUUCUUUUCUAUAUUGUGUUUUUUAUAUGUAUGCUGUUUAUACUGUUAUAAAUUCUAUGUGUUUCAUAAUAGGAUGGGUUAGUGAUCUCCACGAAAUUUUGUUCCUCUAUUAUUGUUUGCAAAUCAAAAUAAUAUAACGUUAAUGUUGUGGAACUUUUCUUCGGGAGUUUGUUUGGGGAGGGGAUGAUAUCAGUGGAACACAUCCGGGGUGGUCCGUGUAUCUUUUGGUCAUUUGUAUUUCAGUUUGAACUUGAACAAACGGGAGUGAGAAAACGGCGCCAUUUUCGUUUUUCGUUCAUCAAAAAAACGAGAAUUCGGCUUUUUUCCGUUUUCAACUUAACGUUUAAAAAACGAAUAAACAACUUGAAAACUAGUUCUCACAUGUAGGCGGUAUGAAACGCCCCCUUCCGCUGAUUGGCAAAUCAAAGGUCAGUAAGCGACGUCUUCGGUUGUUCCGAAUAAAUAGUCCUCCGCUGCUGUACAAAGUAUGUUUCAUUGCUCACAUUAAACAACCGUCCACAAACCGUACAGGGCAGAUUAUAGACUGGACUUUCUUCUGUGCAACCUAGCGCGUUUCAUAUAAAUAUUUAUAUCACAAAUAUGAAUGUAGUUCGCAUCCGCAUCUUUCUAGCUCUCCAGGGUUAAAUCUGCGUGGCAAAGCUUCAAAAUUCGCUGUGUUCCGUUGUAAUUUGUAUCGAGGCUCCGUAAGUCUAAACAAUUAGCAUUUAUUUUUGUUUGAUCAUUAAGGAAAAAACUUUAGUUCUAAUUGCACGUUAAAGCUUGUUGUUCUGCAUUUAUUAAAAAAAGCAUACGUCUAAAUAAUAAUAAUAACCCAGCAUUUUGUCAGCAUUUCUCUCAGUUGUCAUCGUUCGCACGUGCCAGUCGUAAAUAUCACAGUAAAAACGUUUUAUAAAAUACUAGAAUCUUUAGCAUACACUGAAUGAUUUUUUGUGGAAUCUACACAGUGACUGAACCUUGAUCAACAUAUCUGACAAAUAGGUCACUUUCACUUUGACUACAUCACUGCACUGUAGGCCUAUAUGCAUCCGCUGCGUACUGUCCAGUGUCUCGCGCAGCUUUGUCAUGCAGCAAAACUCUGAAUUCGUCUUGGUUCACUUGAUGGAAUGUACACAGAAGCAAACUUGUGGAAAAACAUGUGGUAACCCAACAACCACAACAGCGAAUUUUGAAUGAAAUGAAA